UACCGUAUGACCGUAUGACUUUGCCGUAGGACUUUGCCUGCAGGAAAGAAUAAAAAAAAAAAUGUUUUUAUCCCAUGCCAUAAAACCAUAGACUAGGAAGAAAGAAGUGUCAAAAACAACAAAAAAGAAACCGAAUUGAAUUUUGCGAUAGGUACCUAAACUUAAAUAUUUUGCGAUUUGUUUGUUUGUGAAUUUGUGAUUUUAAUCGUUGGCGUUAACUUGUGCUAAUAUAUAUUUUUUUUUUAGUAAAACAGUGGUUUCUAACAAUAAAUAAUGGCGCACAUUUUAGACUUUGACAAAAUAUGCCGUGCUUGUUUAUCAGACACGGGACCUCUCAAGGAUUUGUUUACAGCUUGCUCUUCGGGUGUAUUCAAAUAUUGUACUUCUGUUGAGAUUGCAGCUACUGAUUCCCUACCAAAGCUGAUUUGCCAGGCAUGCCUGGACCUUCUGAACAAGCUGUAUUACUUCAAGCAAGUGGUUGUAAGAUCCAAUGUCAUAUUGAAGCAACAAUGCAGAUUACAGAACGUGCAAACAAAACCAGACCAGCCUACAAGUGAGGGUAAUGUUAUUGUUGAGGUGAACAUCUCUGAGCUGAAUGAUGAACUUAACAACACUGCCAGUGACUGUAUGGAGAGCUCUGACAAAACUGAGAAGCCUUCAGCUGAUGCUAUACUUAUUAGCCAGAUCCUACAAAGGCGAAGAAGGCGCGGUCCUGGGCGACCGCCGAAGGACCCGGACGGGAUUAAGAGAAGACGUGAACGUAUGAAGUGCAUGAAAUGUGGGAAGAGCUUCCAGAAAUACGAGAAUUUCGAAGCGCACAUGCGAGGACACUUCGGGAAGAAGCCUGACAUACAGUGCGCGCACUGCGACAAGACGUUCAUGUCACUGCGGAGCCUCAGCAGCCACACGCGCAUCCACUCCGCGGUACGCAAAUACCAAUGCCUCGCGUGCGGCAAGAACUUCGCCUACCUCAACGUGCUCAAAAACCACGAGCUCACGCACUCGGGUGUGCGCCAGCACCACUGCCACUUGUGCGAUGCGAAAUUUGUGCAAGCUUACAACCUCAAGGUGCAUAUAGAGACGCACAGUCAACAGAAGAACUACAGCUGUUCCCAGUGCGGAAAGAAGUUCGCUCAGCCAGGCAACCUGAAGAUCCACCUCAUCCGGCACACCGGCAUCAAGAACUAUGCAUGCACCAUGUGCGAGAUGAGGUUCUAUAUCAAGGCGGACCUCAUGAAGCACAUGCGGUCUCACUCAGCGGAAAAGCCGUUUUCCUGUCAACUAUGUGACAAGACCUUCAAGAGUAGAAGUUUCCAGGCUAUUCACAUGAGAACACACACUGGCGAAAGACCGUACGCCUGCGACCUAUGCCCGAAGAGAUUCAUGGCCAGAAAAGACCUCCGCAACCAUAGAAUGAUACACACGGGGGAGAAGCCUCACAAAUGCCAACUAUGCAACCAGGCGUUCAUACAGAAGUGUGCGUUAAAUAGGCACAUGAAGGGUCACGGGAAGAACAGCGAAGAUCCCCAAAACCUCAUACGACCUCCGUUACCACCCGUCAAUAAUACACCGCCUAUACCCAUGGCAUAUGCUCAAUGGCACACUAACUGACCGAUUGAUUCAAACAAACUGAGCCACAUAUAAUCAAAUACAUUUCAAUUAUUAAUAUAAAUCGAGUUACGAGCCUAGGAGAGGACAUUAAUGCUUGGUUUACGAGGAUCGUGAAUUCGUGACACAUCCACUUAUAUUUAUUCAAAAUAUUAUCUUAAAUACAAAGAAAAUAUUAUUUAAUAUUAUAUAUUAUCUUAAAUACAGUUUAAAUCGCGCAAUCUAUGCUAGCCGGACUGAAAUAAAUGGUUGCGUCAAUACGGUUCUUAGGAAUUCAAUGGUCAAAUCACAGUACAAAUUCCUUGAGCGCGUGUUUGUUAACACAAUUCGGAUAGGAAAAAAAUUGCGUUAGACUAUUUAUUAUUAUGCCACUAAAGUUUUUACUAUCUUGCUCAAAAUAAAAAGAUCUGAUGUUUUAUGCAGAGGAAAAUGAAAUAAAACAAAAAUUAUUCGCGCACACGUCAACUACGACGGCUUUUAUUAACUUGAUCCUAUGGUCCUGUAUUUUGUUCAGAGAGGGACGUUGUCGCCUUCCUCUUGAUAAGGUCGGGUACCUUGAAAGUUUUUUUGAUAUGUAAAAAAAAAACCUAUGAUUUUUAUAUUAUUGUUUGAGGGCUUUUAAAAGUUACUUUUUUAAGUAUUUUACUGUCGCGUAUUAAAGCAACCAGAAAGAAAGGAAAUCUUAAAUAAUGUUACUGUUACAAGUUAAUAAACGUUUACAAGAAAUUGUACAAAGUAGAUUAAGAAGAAGUCUUGUAAAGAACGUCGUGGGUCUAUCUUCUUAUUGCAAACGCCAGUGUUUAUUUCGGUAAAAAGAAAAUAAUCCGAUAUCGUUUACGCAGCUUUUAAGUGAAAUAUGAAUGAACGACUUUUAAAAAUGAAAUGGGAGUUAUAAGUGAGUGAAGUUUAUAAUGGGAUUAUUUUUUGUUUGAUACAUACUUAUACUAUGCGAUUUCCUUUGCGUACAACUUUUGAUAAGAAAAUCGUAUCUAUACGCACUUUCACCGAUAUACCACUAAAUAACAAUUAUACAACUAAAUAUCGAUUUAAAUUAAAAUAUACAGCCUUAUUGUUAAUUGUGGUAAAGAAAACUAUAUUGUACACAAAGAAACACUUAAACUGACAGUUACAGAGAUUAGCGCGUUCUAACAAAACAUAAAACAAACUUCAUUAUUAUAAGUAUAUAUAUAAAUCGUCAGUCUGUCCGUAUAUUGUAUAUAAUGUAAGAUAAGAAAGGUCUAUCGAUCCGUCGUUUAAGAGCAACUAAUAUUAAAGAUCUCUAUUAUGUAAUUAUAAACACAAAUCUAAACUGUUAUUUACAAAUAUAAAUCUAAGCCGUUUUACCUAUUGCAUAAGAUUUCAAAUGUUUAAUAUUAUUUUUUAAAUGUUCCAUAGAACAAUAUUAAUGCUUACCGUGACACUGUUAAUUUCGCUGAAUGAAUAAAACUAUUAUAUUUCGA